AUGCCCGAAUUCUGGGCGGAGGAGGCUGUUGCCCCAUUUGCCUGGACGAGCUGCCGGCUGCGGGCGAUGGCGCUUUCCGAUGCUCCGGGUGCAAGGCCAAGUUUCACCUUGCCUGCUCAGAGUUGGGCCAUCGCUGCGGCGGAGGCUGGCUCGUUGCCCAUCAGGUGUCCGGUGCCUGCCUGCGGUAGCAUUUGGGAGGAGGACUUGUCGCCCCUGCUCGACGGCGCGGCUGCUGCGAAGAUCGCGGCUGCACAGCGUCUGAAGGACGAGCUGCAAGCCAGGACCUGCUCUGAACGUCUGCUCUCGCCGAGAGGGGUAGAGGAGCUGAAGCGGCUUGGCAUCCGACAGUGCCCGAGAUGCCUGAUAUUCAUUCAGAAGCAGGCCGAUGGCUUGCUGACCGGAUGUGACAAGAUGACCUGCCGAUGUGGGCCACCGGCUCAAUGCGCGUCCUGCGACGGUAGCCAGAUGUAG